GGUGCGGGCGCCGCCGGCGGCUCUGUGCUUCCGCUAGCCUGCCGCGUGUGGCUCCCGCCUCUCGCCCCGGCAACGUCGCUCCCCGCCGCGGCCUCUCCUCCUCCUCUCCCGGCGCCUGGCACCCCUGCCCUGGCACCGCGUGAACCUCCCGGCCCCACGACGCCUUGGCGCCGCCUGCCCCGAAGCCAGGUCCCACUGAAAGCCCAGCGCUGCGAUGCCCGGCGUGGCCACCCCCGGGGCCAUGAGCACCUACACCUACACCAGCCGGCCCCGGGCGCCCCCCUGCCGCCUGCGCUACCGGGACAGCCUGUCGCAGCCGACUGACGAGCCUCUGCCAUUCGGAAACAUCAUGUAUGACAGAAGGGUGGUCCGCGGCAACACUUACGCUCUACAUCCAGAACUGCAGCGCGGGCAGGCCAUUGACGAGCAUGCUCAGAAGCUCCAGGAGACGAAGAAGAGGGCGGCUGCCAAAAAACGCGCCCAGGAGCAGCUCCGCCCGCGCACGCCGGAGCCCGUGGAGGGCAGGAAGCACGUGGACGUGCAGACAGAAUUAUACCUUGAAGAAAUUGCUGACCGCAUAAUAGAAGCUGAUAUGGAAUGCCAGACAGAUGCGUUUUUGGACAAACCACCAACACCACUCUUUAUUCCUGCCAAAACUGGCCAAGAUGUGGCCACCCAAAUCGAAGAAGGAGAGCUCUUUGACUUUGAUCUGGAAGUGAAACCGAUGCUGGAAGUCCUGGUGGGAAAGACCAUUGAGCAGGCUCUGCUGGAGGUGAUGGAAGAGGAGGAGCUGGCCGACCUGCGGGCCACUCAGUACGCGUAUGAAGAGCUGCGCAACGUGGAGCUGGCUGAGGUCCAGAGGCUGGAAGAGCAAGAGCGGCGACACCAAGAGGAAAAAGAGCGCCGGAAGCAGCAGCAGUGGGAGGUGAUGCACAAGCACAAGGAGACGUCGCAGAAGAUCGCCGCCCGUGCCUUCUCGCAGCGCUACCUGUCCGACCUGCUCCCCUCCGUGUUCGACAGCCUCAAGGACGGGGGCUACUUCUUUGAUCCCAUUGAAAGAGAUAUUGAGCUCGGAUUCCUUCCAUGGCUAAUGAACGAAGUUGACAAAACCAUGGAGCACAGCAUGGUGGGAAGGACAGUUCUUGACAUGUUGAUUCGUGAGGUGGUUGAGAGGAGGCUGACCACGUAUGAGCGAAAGGAGGACAAGCAUCCGUUUCUGAAACCCGAGGAGGGGCCUGGUGGUCCUGGAUCCAUGAGAGACCCCACGAUGGGUUAUGACUUCCAGGAGCAGAGGCCGCUCCCAAGCACAGAUGCCCCAUAUGAUAAGCUAAUGGAGGAAGAAGAGGAGGAAGAAGAUCCGAUAGGACUGAGGAAGUCCUUGGGGAGGGGAGAACAGUUACAAGGCAGGGAAUCCUGGGAGGGGUGAAACCAACCUACAGCCCACCAGCAUUGCAAGCAACCAGGUAAUGACGGGGGGCCCUCAGGCUAUGCAAAUUAUGUUGAAUUUAGUCAACGUGACUUUUUCUCUGAUGGACUGCGCAAAUAGAAUAUGU